UUGUUUUCUUGUUUGACUGUUCACCGAUACCACGACAAAAAUAAAAAUGAGGAGGGUGAGAUUUAAGCUAAAACCUUACUUGCGGAUGGCCGGUGGGCCUGAAAAUCGAAUAGAAUUAUUGAAAACUUUGAUAACAGCGCUUGUGAAGUAUGAACGUAUAGAAUUGGGGUACAGGAAGGCGUUUGAGACCCAGAAAUAUGCUGAAAGGCUUAUUCAGGUUGCGAAAAGAGGCGAUAGAGAUCCAGAGGCCAUGAAGAUAGCUGAUUUCUGGUUGAAGGAUAAGAAACAAAUCCACAAGCUUUUCAAGGUACUAGGACCUCGCUUCGAAGACGCUUCAAAGAACUUCACCCAGCUCCUUCGUGUACCAGGCUUCCAUGAGGAAAGAGGUCGCAAGAUGGCUUUCUUGGAAUACGCAGGCAACCCCUAUCCACCUCUCACCAACGAGCCCCAGAAGAACCCAGACUGGCUGCUGAAUGUCCUUGUCGACGGUGCAGUUGGUGAGCUCAAGAACUCCAAAGCCCUGGAAGAGAUUGAGGUUGUGACCGCGUCGGACAGGCAGUACAAGGACAAUCUUGAAGGGAUUCAGCAUGUGGUCGACAUGAUGGCGUUGGCAGAGUUGAAAGAUGGAGGGUCCGUCAAAGCGACGAAGAAUGAAGGCACUCCUGUAUGACACCUACAUCAACUGUGAAAGGAGAAGGUCAUUGAACUGGUGUAUGAAAUUUCACAGAGAUCGAUAGGGGUGAAAGGUCAAGGAUGUCAAUGAUCAUGAAAAUGUGGAUGAUCUUUUGUUUCAGUAAGAGAGGAUGGAUUGAUGUACAAAAUACAGCGAAGAAAAUGCAGGGAUAGAGAAAAAAA